ACAACUAGAGUUUUUCAUAACUAAUCAUUCCGUACCGAUGGAUGAAUAGCUUAAUCAUAGUUAAUUAUGAUCUCAUUAUUACAAAUAGGAGCUGUCUGUUGGUUUUCAGUCCGAUCUUACGCCACAAACGUCUUACCUGACUCGUAUUCUUGGAGCACAUUUACAGGACCCGUAACAGAUGAAGUCCAACAGAUCAAUUCUUGGGACUCUUCGCAUGCACAAUCUAAUCAAGAGCUAGAUGAAAAUGUUUAUAACUCCAAUGCACCAAACGAUUUAAUUGCAAAACCGUUUUAUUCAUUUUCAUAUGGCGUAAGUGACCCAAAUACGGGAAAUAAACAAAGUCAUUCACAAACUCGUGAUGGUUCUCUAGUUAAAGGGGAAUAUACAGUUUUGGAGCCCAAUGGUGUUCUCCGACUUGUAUCAUACAUUGCUGACGCCGAAAAUGGUUUUCAAGCAUCCGUUCGGUACAUCCAACCGUCCACCGAGUCCGAAUCUGAUACAGAUAAUAACAAAAAAUAUAACUUUGAACCGCCAUCACAAGUUUAUUCGUUUUCGAACUCAGAACAACAAAACAAUGUUGAUUCAUUUCCAGAAAGACCUCAUAUUUCACCAUUAAGUAUUAACAUGCACGAAAAUAGUAUUGAAAAUGAUGAAGAAAACUAUGGCACACCACACAAAAGUAUCAAACCCUCACUAAUGCCUUUCGAGAGUCACAAAUUUCAAUAUCCAGAAUUUAACAAAAACGAGUAUUCAACCCAUUCGUUUAAUAAAAUAAAAUUCCCAUUACAAUCAGAAGAAAUGUCUCCGUUUAAAAGUAUACCGUCUACAGAUCCUAAUGAUUACUCAUUUUCGGAAGAUUCAUUAAACCCUUCGGAUUACCCAAGUGCUUCCUUAAUUGAAAAUUCGGAGCCUUCUGGUUCUUCUUCGGGUUUACCUUGUAUAGCUAACCAAUUAUCUAUUAUGUCCUCAACAUCACAACCAGUGCCAACUUCAAUAUUGCCUAAUGAAAUAAAAACAGAACAUCUAUCAAACAGUACUACUCAUGAUAAAGACAAUACUGAAGAUACUAAUAAUGAUUUUGUAGAAGAAGAUGAAAAUAAUGAAGAUUAUUCUACAGAUACUAUGUAUCUCAAUAAAAUUGAAGAAGCAACGACUAACGACUACAAACUGAUACCUGACCCUCCACGGUCACCACACCCAUCAUUUUUUCAAAAAUUGUCGUCAAUACCUGUUCAUAUCAUAUAUAAGCCAAAAUUUGCUUAUGUUACACAUCGUAAAACAUACAUAUCUAGGAAUAAAUUAUGA